AUGGGUCGCAAGAAGAUUGCCAUCGAGUACGUCGACAACGAAUCGAGUCGGCGCCGUACCUUGGAGACGCGUGGUAAGAACCUAGCAAGUAAGGCAGGUGAGGUUUCUAUCAUGUGCAACGCCAAGGCUUGUGUGUUGGUGUACGACGAGGGCAAUGCGGCGCCAAAGGUGUACCCAUCCCACGCCGAUGCAGUGGAUAUCCUGAAUCAGUGCAAAAACAUGCCAGAGGGACAGCUCAAGAAGGCGGUGAACCAGGAAGACUUCCUCACCCAGCGCCUCAACAAGCUCCAGGUCAAGGAAAACAUUGUACGAGACCCCGAGAUCAGGAUCCUGCUACACAAGGCCAUGCUCGGCAGUGACCUCCCCGACCUCAAAGUCGAUGAAAUCACCAACGUCAGUAGCAGGCUAGAGGAGAUCCUCGAGAGAAUGGGCGAUAGCAUUGCAAAAUUUAGUGGAAAGCCUCCUGUCUUGCAGCCACAGGCACCAUAUGUCCCUGACAACAUGGACAUGGGGUCUUCGGCAACGUAUCAGGCAUCAUCGCUAGCUCCACAUGUCCCCAAAAACAUGGACAUGGGGUCUCAGGUGAUGAAUCAGGCGCCAUCGUCCACUCCAUACGUCACUGGAAACAUGCACAUGGGGUCUCCAAUGAUGUAUCAUGUGCCGCUGCUACAUGAGGGUUGGCUCGAGACGGUGAGAUCUGGAAGGGACCUCGACGCCCUGGUCCAUAAUGGCUAUAGCACCAAUAGGCAUGAUGGUGCCUACACCAGCACCGGUGUCGGCUAUAGCACCAAUGGGCACGACGGCGCCGGUACCAGUGCCAACGAUGGCUCUUCCGGUGGGAUGAAGCCCUUUGAUGUGGGGUUUGGUUGGCAAUCGGGCGGCGUCGAUCCUGAAGAAUCAUCUUGGAGUCUUUUCCCUCCCAUGUAA